AAAAAAAAAACCUAGUAUAAGUAGAGGUUUCCGGAGUUCUUGCCUUUGGAGUUCACAAAGGUUACUGGGCUAGCUUCUGCAUGUAAAAGGAACAGGGUAUUGGAAAUGGGAUUUCUGGAUCUCUUCACGGUGGCAGUGAUGCCAGUUCUGAAAGUAAUAUUGGUUACUGGUGUUGGUUUGUUCCUUGCUUUGGAUCGCAUAAAUUUAUUGGGGUCAGAGGCAAGACACCAUUUGAACAACAUAGUGUUUUAUGUGUUGGGUCCUGCACUCGUCGCCAGCAACUUGGCUGAAACCAUCACUUUCGAAAGUUUUGUUACCUUGUGGUUCAUGCCAGUGAAUAUUUUUAUAACGUUCAUAUUUGGCUCAGCACUGGCUUGGCUUCUCAUAAAAAUCACUAAAACUCCCAGACACCUUCAGGGCAUGGUCAUCGGUUGCUGUUCUGCAGGAAAUAUGGGGAACCUGCUUCUCAUUAUGAUUCCAGCAGCCUGUGAGGAGUCAAAUAAUCCCUUUGGAGAUUCAUCUGUUUGCUCUACACAUGCUGAGGCUUAUGCUUCACUAUCUAUGGCGGUAGGAGCCAUUUUUAUAUGGUCAUAUGUGUAUAGUGUCAUGCGCAUGUAUUCAGCCAUAAGCCUGAAUUCACCCAGAGACAACUCUGGGUCUGAAACAUUUUCGGAGAGUUGUGAAGGUUUUCUACCUAUAAUGGAUUGCCACAGUUCUGACGACUACACAGCGCAAGAUGAACUGCUUCUCAACACGUCUGCAGGAGGAAAGAUACCGAUUUUCAAGCGCAUUAAGAUGAUUAUGGGAAAGAUUGACCUGAAGAAGGUGUUUGCACCAACAGCAAUUGCAGCGAUUGUCGGCUUUAUCAUCGGCAUAGUCUCUCCAAUCAGAAAACUAAUGAUUGGUGAAAACGCUCCUCUUCAUGUAAUUGAUACUUCUGCAUAUUUGUUGGGGCAGGCAGCAAUUCCAUGCUUGACUUUGAUACUGGGGGCAAACCUUCUGAGAGGUCUAAAAGGAUCAAAUGUAAGUAUAUCUGUCAUUGUUGGAAUUCUAGCAGUGAGGAACAUGUUCUUGCCUCUCUUGGGGAUUGGUGUUGUUAAAGUUGCAAACCGUUUCGGCAUGGUUGGAUCAGAUACAUUAUAUCAAUUUGUUCUUAUGCUUCAGUAUGCCGUUCCGCCUGCAACGGCUGUAGGUACAAUAACACAGUUUUUUCGGCUUGGUCAGAGUGAAAGUUCUGUGAUUAUGCUAUGGACUUAUGCCAUGGCUUCAUUCUCCCUCACACUUUGGUCAACCUUGUUCAUGUGGCUUCUGGCUUGAUUUGUUGUUAAUAUUUUUUCCCUCUAACUUCUGUCACCAUAUAACAGAUAACACCGCAAGGUCAAAAUAGUAGAAAUGUUAGCUUAAUUUGUUUUGCUUCCAAGUAUGCUGUAGGAGUUUGAAGCUCUGAGUUUCACAGUGGUGAAUGCAAUAUAUGUCUAUCAAGGAAUAUGAAGACAACCCUUUAUUGA